UGAGAUUUACUCUCCCAGGCUGCUUCUUCUUCUUCUUUCGGGUGAAAGGCAAAAUGUUUCGAUCUCUGUGGUAUAAAUUGGGAAUUAAUCUGAAGAGGACGACUGCCAUCAUCAAUCGAGAAUCUUCUUAUUCAUCAUUAGCACUAUCAGCUAAGUAUUUUAGGUUUACAACACAAAAUCAAUUUGUUCUAAACAAGUCUAGGGUUACUUUCAUUUGCUAUUCCUUCUGUACUAGUAAUUUUACUUCUUCUGAUUCUGAUAAUUCAUUUGUUAUUUCUUAUCUGAUUAAUUCAUGUGGAUUGUCUGAAUCUGAAGCUAUUACUGCCUCUAAAAAAAUCAAUUUCAAAACCACAACCAAACCCGAUUCAGUACUAACCCUACUUAAAACAUAUGGAAUUACUCUACCCCACAUUUCUAAAGUGAUCACAAAGCACCCAUCCAUCCUCUCUGCUAAUCCACAUGAAACCCUUAAACCCAAACUAGAUUUCUUCAAAUCAAGAGGAAUUUGUGAAAAUGACCUAGCCUACUUCAUCUCAAGGUUCCCAGGAUUCCUGAGACGGAGUUUAAAUGAAAGAAUAGUCCCUGUAUUUGAUAUCCUGAAGAGCAUUGUUCAUACUGACGAAAACGUUAAUAAAUUGAUUAGACGAGUUACUUGGGUCCUAAAUGUUAACUUACUUAAAAGUUUAAUGGUCAAUCUAGAGGUUUUGAGAAGUGAAGGUGUCCCUGAAGCUAAUAUUUCUAAGUAUCUAGUCAGGCAGCCUAGAGUUUUUAUUGGAGAUGCCGAUAAAUUUAGGAAGAUUGUGGAAAAGACUAAAGAUUUGGGUUUUGAUCCCUUAAAUACUACAUUCCUUGUAGCUAUACAUGGACUGGCAUCAAUGACUGAAUCUAAUUGGAGAAGAAAGAUGGAUGUUUACAAGAGAUGGGGUUGGUCUGAGGAUCAAAUUCUAUCAGCAUUUAGGAAGAAUCCUCGUUGUAUGACGGUGUCUGAGGAGAAGAUAAUGGCGGUUAUGAGUAUCCUUGUGAACGAAAUGGGUUAUGAUUCAUCAAGUGCUGCUGAAUGCCCAUUAAUUUUUGAUUGUAGCUUGAAGGAGAGGAUUAUUCCUAGGUGUUCUGUCAUCAAGAUUCUAGUCUCCAAGGGUCUGAUCAAGGAAAUGAUUUCAUUAAGUUCACUUUCAACAAUGGUAGACAAGGCAUUUCUGGAGAGGUUUGUCAAGAUGUACGGGAAAGAAGUUCCUGAACUGAUGAAUGUAUUCCAAGGUCAGCUUAAUUACCAAGAUCUACUGCAGAACUGAAGGAUUUGAUGAGAUGAAUACACGGUGUCUUCGAUGGAGCUUGAACAGCUACAGGGUGAGAAACAAUAAAUGUGCAGUCAGAAGCCUUUUAGCUUGCUUACUACAGUACGGUGGACUCAUGAGCUGGGUGCUAGCAGUGUACACCAUGUAAGCAACUGCGAAGGAUUCGUAGCUGCAUUAACCUUGUUUUUAUUUACUCAAACGGAAGUAUGUAAAAGACUCUUGCAGUAUAUCAUUGGCUUUUUCUUGCAGUAGUUUUCCCGCUCAAGUGUAUUUGGGUUGAGCAUGUGUCACCAAUAGUGCAGUUGUUCAUCUGGUUAUACAUAUCGCUGAAACCCAACGUAGUCUUUGCAACAGAGAAGAAGAAAGUAUACACCACCUAGUAUUGCAGUAUGGAAUUGUUUGGCAGCACAAGCAUAAAAGUGAAGGAAUAACUAGAAGCCUGGUCUGACAACGAAGGAUUAAAAACUGGGCAGGAAAAUUUGUUCAAUUACACCUCCUGCAAUUUUAUGGGCUGUAUGGGGUUCUCUGUACAAUUCGUUCAGGUUUUUAACUUUCAGGGGUUUUGUAUUAAACUGGGAAGUGGUAUGAAAUAUUAAUUAGAAUGCGACUGUCAUGAAUUUGUGCCUGGAGA